GUGUUUUCUGCACUAAAUUGAAGAAAUGGAAGCUCCAAUGAAGUACAUUUGCCUCAUAGCGUUUCUUGCAAUUGUCGGCAUAAGUCAGUUGAAUGGGGCAUAUGGGGCUGGUGAGUGUGGAAAAUCUAGUCCUGACAGCGAAGCUUUGAAGCUGGCUCCCUGUGCAUCAGCAGCACAGGAUGCACAGGCUCCAGUUUCCGCUAGUUGCUGUAGCCAGGUAAAAAGGAUAGGUCAGAACCCUAGCUGCCUCUGUGCCGUGAUGCUUUCAAAUACUGCUAAGAUGUCGGGAGUGAAACCAGAAAUUGCUGUUACCAUUCCAAAACGUUGUAACAUUGCUGAUCGUCCCGUGGGUUUCAAGUGUGGAGCUUAUACAUUGCCCUGAAGACGCUGAAGUCGCUGAUGGUGCCUGGUGACUGGGAACGAGUACUGGGGAUUGUAUCUCAUUAUCUUUGUAACUAGGUUUCAUCUAGCGUUUCACUGUGACAUGUUGAUCCAGAUACCCUGAAUAAUAAAUAAAUUGUUGGUGUUUUAACCGUCUUUA